GGCCGCGAGGACGUGAUGGGCGGGGUAGGAUGGCGUCAAGAGGGAGCGCGCCGGAAGCGGGCGCGGGCCGGGCGGAAGUGGUGGGGCGGAGCGCGGAGGCGAUGGGGGGCGGCGGCAGAGGCUGGCGAUGAGCGGCGGGAGCGCGUGAGCGGGCCGGCGGGCGAGGCUGGGGGGCCCCGGAGAGCGAGCCGCAGGGCGGAGGGCGGGGGCGCCAGCGCUCCAGGUGGCGGGCGGCGGCCAGGGCGCAGCGGCAGCGGCCAGGGCGCGGCGGCCGAGAAGAUGGCGGACGGCGACAGCGGCAGCGAGCGCGGCGGCGGCGGGCCCGGCGGCUUCCAGCCCGCGUCCCGCGGCAGCGGCGGCGAGCAGGAGACGCAGGAGCUGGCCUCGAAGCGGCUGGACAUCCAGAACAAGCGCUUCUACCUGGACGUGAAGCAGAACGCCAAGGGCCGCUUCCUCAAGAUCGCCGAGGUGGGCGCGGGCGGCUCCAAGAGCCGCCUCACGCUGUCCAUGGCGGUGGCCGCCGAGUUCCGCGACUACCUGGGCGACUUCAUCGAGCACUACGCGCAGCUGGGCCCCAGCAGCCCCGAGCAGGUGGCGGCGGCGGCAGGUGCUGAGGAGGGCGGCGGGCCGCGGCGCGCACUCAAGAGCGAGUUCCUGGUGCGCGAGAACCGCAAGUACUACCUGGACCUUAAGGAGAACCAGCGCGGCCGCUUCCUGCGCAUCCGCCAGACAGUCAACCGCGGCGGCGGCCCCGGGCCCGGCGGCCUGCAGAGCGGACAGACCAUCGCCCUGCCCGCCCAGGGCCUCAUCGAGUUCCGCGAUGCCCUGGCCAAGCUCAUCGACGACUACGGUGGCGAGGAUGACGAGCUGGCGGGGGGCCCGGGCGGCGGCGGGGGCCCCGGGGGCGGCCUGUACGGGGAGCUCCCGGAAGGCACCUCCAUCACGGUGGACUCGAAGCGCUUUUUCUUCGACGUGGGGUGCAACAAGUAUGGGGUGUUCCUGCGUGUGAGCGAGGUGAAGCCGUCCUACCGCAACGCCAUCACCGUCCCCUUUAAGGCCUGGGGCAAGUUCGGGGGCGCUUUUUGUCGGUAUGCGGAUGAGAUGAAAGAGAUCCAGGAGCGGCAGAGGGAUAAACUUUAUGAGCGACGCGGCGGAGACGAGUCCGAGGGAGAGGAGGUGGAUGAGGAUUGAAACGCGCAGCAUCCCCUAUGGGCCUCCCCACCCCACCAGCGUCCCCUUGGCUAGAGAGCUCCCCUUCCUGCUCGUCCCCAGUGAGCUAGUGGAGUGGGAGCAAGGGAGGCCCAGAGGGAGAAAACAACGUUUAAAAUAAAAUAGUUAAUUAGGAGAAAUAACCAUAAGAGAACAGUCACAGACAAUUAGAGAACAGCAGUAAAUUUCCAAGAACUGACAGCAACCCGCAAAGAAAGGACAACAGCUUCUCCUCAACUGAGCGAAAUAGUCUCAGCUUCUGUUGUUUUCCCAACUGAGGUUCCUAAACUCUUUAGGUUAACCCUGGAAGGGAUAGAUCCUCGCACAUCGUGGGCCAAGGAACACUCGAGUUACCCGGACCUGUUGAUAACAGCUGAAUUUGCAUUCUAUCUGGGUAACCUGGACUAAAGGUCUCUCCAGACCUUGCUGUUAAAAGUGUCUGUCCCUCCACCUCCAUUGAAAUCAGCAUUUUGGAUCUAGGUCUUCAUAGGAAUCUUGAGAAGAGAGAGGCCUUUGCAGUUACCCAGUUGAGGGUAUAAGUUUCGUGAAAAGGAAUGCAACUCUAAAUAAUCAUGGACAGAGCAAAAUAAGAAUUCAAGAAGCCACCGGGGAAUACAGAAACAAAUUGGAUCCAUUUUGUUUAAAAUGGUUUUGCAUGGAACCUGGAUCAAGGUCUGUGUGUUUUCUUUGCAGAAUUGUUUUCUGGGAUGCAAAUGGGUUCAGAUGUCAAUCCUUCAACUAGAAUCCGUUACUAAAAUAUUGUAAAAGUUGGCAAAAAUUUUUCAAAGAUAAAAGAGCAGUUUUACAUUGGGGGUUGCUGAGGUAGGCACAAAAAGAAAUCAGGCACAAAGCACAAGGAAAACUGUUUGAGUGGAUUGGUUGCUGCUCACUAAAGUUCUUCCCCUGAUCUCCAAAUAUGGAGGUCAUUACCAAGAAAUGGCUUAGGUGUGAAUGAGAGCCAGAUCCCUGUGGCUCCACCGGGUGAGCCAGUGAAUUAUGGCUAAUUUGGCCGUUUCAGCCACUGGAUGGCUGGAUUUUAAACCGUAAAACUUGAAGAUAUCUACAAAAGGUACAGUUGUGGCUACAAGCCUGAGCUUUAAUGGAAUAUACGUCCUCACAGAGAAGUUGGAAAUAACCAAAACUGAAGUCUUCAUCUACCUUCAGUUUAAUCUGUGGAUUUGUUCAAAUACUAAAGAUCCUCAGGUCCAGAAUUCCAGCAUCGUUUAUUCUUUUAAAAUAAAUUUUUAAGAACUUGAUCCAUUGUUUCAGUACCUCACAAUCAAAGUUGGCAAAUGAUGCAUGAGUGAUUCAAGCAGCAUGCCCUUUGGAAGCUGAAAUCCAUCUGAAUGGAGCUGAAGUGAACAUGAAUAUGCUGACUAUAUCCUGGAAGCAUUUUUAUACCAUCUUGAAAUUUCAACAAACUGGCUUUUGCUAGUUUAUCCAGCUGUCUUUCAAGAAUAAAAGUUGGGGUUUUCAAGGAUCGCCUCUUCUAUAUUUUAAAUGGAUUUUCCAUAAAAAUGAUUUUUACUAAUCAAGUUAAUCCCAACCCAUCAAAAGGUAUUCCUAGAGAUGUCGUAGAUCUAGGUAACUUCAAAUUGAAUGGGAGCUAAUGUUCUUUCCAAAGUUUUCAGGUAUUCUUUGUGCGACACCUUCUCAACCGGGAGGCAAGUAACCCCACCUCCACAAUCUUAGUAUUUUGUUUUUUAACUGCAUGCCUGCCCUUUAUUUGAGCUGCCUUUUAAUUUAUUGCAUACCCUUUUUAUCUUAUUUUGGUAUUAUUCAACCUCUACAAUCUUUUUGUAUUUAUUGGGAAUAAGUAAUAUACAAAAAGGUCGUUUUCAUGCAUUGUGGCUGAGAGAGGGAAAUAAUUGUGUAAAUAAAAUUAGGCUUUUUUAAAAAUUAGACUAUGAUUCAGAAUAUUGUUGAUCUUAGAUUUUUAACAAAAGUGGAAGAGCCACAGACAUUGGUGCCCUUUUCAGACUAUUUCUCUACUCUCAUCAUCCACAGUAGACUUUUUAAACAGAUUUUUUUUAGAGCUUUUUUUUUUUUAAUUUUUCUCCGUUGCAAAGAAUGUUUCCUAAAUUGUAUGGGAGCAAUAGUAUUUUUGAUGUUUUAAUGACAUCCGUAUACUUGUACUGUAUUUUGUACUACAAGGCAGCUGUUUUCAAUAAUGUCCUGCUGUAUUUACCUAUGUGUUUUGAGUGUUUCUUUCUUUGCUGCGGAGAACAAAUCCCUAAGUAGUUUUAGUAAAGGAGCUGAGAAGCUAGCAUUAGGUUUGCAAAAACUGUUUUAAGUUUCAAACUCUGAGGCAGCAAUGAAAAUUAAGGUUGCAGCUAUUAGUUGAUUGCUGUAACUUUUUCAUUUUCAAACCAUGUACAAUUCCUGUAUAGACCAACUUGUUUUCUUGCUUCAGUGGUGAUUCUGUUGCUCAGCUGCAGUGAGCCAGUUCAAUUUUGCAAAGGUGCAGUACCUCUCCUUUUUAAGGGGUUGGUUUAUUCUGUUUUCUUUUCAUUUGGCUGAAUUGCAGUAACUAGCCCUGCCUUUCUAUCCUGUAGAAAUGACAGGGUCUUCACAAUCCUUCACCGGUGGCUACUAAGCUAUAAUUAGCUGAAUAGAAAGAAUGUGGAAGUGGUCUGAGGCAUAUAGAGUAUAUGCCAAGAACACUACCAUAUAUGGCAUCAGCUUUGGUUACCAGAGAAAUUUUCUUAGUCAUUAGACCAUAUAACAGUAAUAUAUCAUAUGUAAAUCUUUAGAUAUCAAUUUGAGAAUCCUCCAAAAAAAGGAGCAAAGAAUGCAUAAGCUAUGUGUUGAAAAAAGUAAUUUAUAUUAAAAUUUUGACCUGCCUAUGUAAAGAUUAAGUGGUAAAUGUCAUAGUGGUGGGUUUUUAAGUCUUAACCAAUCUCAAAGGUUUGUUCUCCUGCAGAGGCUGGUUCAUGGCCUCUCUUCCCACUGCAGGAAGAUUACAGAAGGAUGUGGAUUAAUUGUAGCAUUUCACUGAUCCUCAUUCUAGUCACUUGGGACAAUAGAAAUCUGCAAAGCGCCGAGACUACACUUCUGAUGUGUGGUUUGUUAAACAAGGCAAUAUUAAUGGGCCAUCUUUCAGAGCUCGUUUAUAAAUAUUGCUUAUUAAAGCAAAUGUUUUCUGAUAAAUCCAGUCAGAAAAUGGCAUUGUGCAGACUAUGGGAAACAACCAAUGUCUUUUGUUUUGUUUUUCAACCACUACUAUGAACAGUGAUUUAGGGCUUGUUUUUUAACUUUGGCAAACAUCCCAGCUAAUCACAUGUUCAAAAUAGUCAUAUUCCUGAGAAGUAGGUAACUAAAAUCACUUUAGAGAUAAUUGGUAGAAUGUUUGUUUCUCAAACUACUGCAGUACAGAUGUGAGAAGUCAAAUUUUAGAAACAGGAUCAAAAAAGCAAAACUCUGAUGAGAUCCUACUAUUCCUUUCUGGUUUCUAUUGUCCCUUCCUGUCAUUCAAGUAGAACAGCAGUUCUAGGCAGCAGAGAAACUUCUCAGUGCAUAUGCUGCACAGAACAAAAUGUAAGUCUGUAUGGCACCAAAAAUCAAAGUGAGAACCAAACCAAAAACCCAGACACCCUAUGUUACUAUGGGAGGUAUGUAGGUGGUAUAAAUGACUGUAGCUGUGAUACACACAUGGCUACUUGUCAAGUCACUUUCCAUAAUUAUUUACUGCAAAAUGAUUGAGAGGCUUUAGGUGCAGGCAGCCGUUCACCUCCUGCUUCCUUUGUUACCUCUCGAACACUUUGCAAUAAAUUGCAGGUCUUCUAAGUCAAGCUUCAGUUUUUCUCAAAACAAAACAAUUAUCCUGUCUUAUCUGAAAAUGCAGGGUUGUGGGCUAAAGAGGCUGGUUAUAAUAAUGCCCUCAUAUUGAGUGGUCUGUAAAUGGCUGCACACUUCAGGCACUAGAGUUGCUGAGGAUGCUUUGUUAAAUGUGACCUUUACAGAGGGGUAGAAUGUUAUCUACACAAGGUAUUAAAAGGUGACUAUUCAUUUGCGUCUACCUUGCUCUUGAGGUGGAUGAAAUUAAGGAAUAGCUUGAGUGUGUAAGCCAUGCACAUAAGUAUUCUUCACUGUAAAUUUUGUUUUCAUUUUUAACCCACUUAUGGUACUUUGUCCAAUGCACAACUGAUCUCUCAGUAGAUAUUCAUUUGAAAAUAGUGUGGCCUUGAUCAGUGCGAAGGGGAAGGAGAGAAAUGACUUUUUGCUUGUGUAAAAAUGACUCGUUUGCUGAGAGUCGUUCUGUAGCACUCUUAGUAUCUAAUGCAUUUGUGACCGGUCUCCUUUUUGAUUGGGGAAGGUAAUGUUUUUGACCCUGGGGUUAUUAAUUCAAUUGAGUUGUCUUCUAUUUUUAGGAAGUAUCAGAAUUGCUCUGAUAAGUAACAAAGUUGACUGCUUUGAUGUCCAAUCUCAGGUUUUAGAAUAUAUAUAGUGAUGUAAAAUCCCAACGUUAACUCUUAAAACAAUUUUCAUUUAGUACACCCUGAAAGUCACACGCAUAAGCCCUGCUCAGAGAGCAGAGCCUCCAUUUUUUUGCUCCUUUUCCACUGUGUACGUCACUUGAGAAAGUGUCGAGUAAUUUUACAUUGUAUAUUUCCAUUUUAACCCUGACUGUCUCUCAAAGAUAAAGCACUUUUUUAUCAUGAAAUACAUGGAAUCUUUAUGUGAUGUGGAUCAUGAUUUCUCAGGCUCCCGUAGAUAAUCUGCUUAUGAAUAUUGUUCUAACUCUGUGUAAGAAGAGUAGAAAUCUUUGCUAAUGUUAGAAAGUUUGUAUUAUUGAUCCAGAAUGCAUUUUGCUAGCUUCCAAUGGACGGGAGAGUAAACAAUGCUGCAUUCACAAUUUAAUAAGUUACUUUCCCUUGAGCCUUAAGGUAACUUUUUUUUUCUGUCAACAGUAGCACUGAAGUGAUCAUAAAUGAAUGAGAUUAUCAGUUUUCAGGUUGGUUUUAGAGUACUGUAUGUCAAUUAGCUGUCUUCCUAAACAGUUAACUAUUCCCAUUGAAUAAACUGGAUAAUGGGUGUGUAGGGAGGGUUGGGGAGGGGGGGAGUUGGUUUGUAGAAAAGAAAAAAGAAAAAAAGAACCACGUUUACCUUAAGAAAACUAUAGACAAAAAAGAAAAAAGUGCUUGUCAAUGCCCUGUUUGAAAUUCCAGACAUAAGGUGGAAAUGGCACUUUAUAAAUUCAUUUCCCCUGUUUUUAAUCUAGAAAGCAAAGUCAUUAAUUUUCAGUUAGCCCCCAGAAGUUUCAAGAGUAGCAGACUCUUGAGUGGUGAGUUCUCUUAAUAUAUCUAACUUUGCUUUUUAUUUAAACUCACUGUUCCCAGCUCUCAGUCCUAAAACGUAGUUUCCUUACUGAUAGAUUUAACAGACUCUUAGUUCAACAAAUAUGGUCCACUUGUCUACCAAAAUUGAAUUUGGGAAAAUGAAAAAAUACAAUCGCAUCAUGAAGACUUAUUACUCUAGCAAUUUCCAAUUGAUAGUGGUGCCCCUGAUCUAAGUAAGACCUUUGUGAAUGUAUUUUAUAUUUCCUAAUGAAAUAGGAAAUAUGCUGUCAGUGUAAUCACCUUUAUUCACAAUCUUUUACUUUUCAUUUGAAAAUCUAACUCAUGCCUCUUGUAUUAGACAUUCCAGUUUGGAUAGGUAAGCCAUGUUAAAACAACAGCAAAUGUCAUAGUGUUAGUUUCACUGCUCAGUAGGACUCCUAAUAAAGGGAGGGCAGACCUUUAUUCGAAGCUAAAGUGUUUUUUUUUCAUAGGUGAUUCUAACAAAUGUUUUGAUAAGUGUAUGACUGCUCUUAAUGAGAUUUUGAGUCUAGGAGCAAAUUUCAUUUUCUUUGUGGUAUAUGUAAAGUAUCAAUUGACAUGGACAAGAGAGGGCUGAUUAUAUCUUUGAUAUGAUGAAAUGUGGGCCCAGAAUUUAAGAGAGAAAGCAGUAGACCUAGUCAAGUUCAUUGUCCACCUGAAUAUUGCAGGAGACAUGAGUUUGUUUUUAUUUUCCUACCUUCAAUAACUUCAUUGGCUAACUCUUUAAAAAAAAAUUGAUUUAGACCACCUCUUAUUUCUUAAAGGCAAACUUUCGUCCCCAGACUUACCCUGUGUUGCAAGAUCAGGCUGGUUCAAAAAAUCUCGAUAUUUGGAAAUAGAAUGGCAAGUAGUAUAUUUCUUCCCUUUUUAAAUUCCUUUUUCAGGGACAUAUAAGUGCAGGUAGAGUCCCAAGAAAUUGAAAAACAGGAUUGUAUUACUAAGCACAUUUGUGUUGUAGGAAUUUGGGAGUUGCAUUUUAAACUCUUCAGAUAUGAAGCAUAAGCCCUAUUCUCUCAGCCUACACAUCACUUCUGUGUACAAACGUCUCUGGAUUCCUAGAAGUUAAUAGAUUGGGCAAAAGUUGAGAAACUGAUUUUAAAUCAGUAUAUAGCAUACUUAGAAAGUCUAGUUUUGCAUGUUAUGGUAGCAGGCAACUAUAUUUGAGUUUUUUCCAAUGAUUAUCAAUAUUUGAAUAAUUAAGAUUAUCAGUGUAUUCUGACUUCUUUUUUCCUAAAGUUCUAGAACAAUUAUUAGGGAUUUAUUCUUCCUUUUGCACCUUCAUGGAGGUCUUUUUCCAAGAUCGUUUUUAAAAGUCCAUCUGUCUUCUGAUCCAUUUCCAGAUAACACUUUGCAUUCUAUGGGAACCUUCACUGCCAGUCAUAUCUACCAGGGGCUUCCUUACACUAGAUUCUUCACUCCAGAGUUGGGACUGAUGUCCUGGAAGUAGAGAAUCUACAGAAUUAAUUUGAAUUAAUUAAAACCAAAUCUUGAUAGCAGGAGACAGAGCUUCCUGAUCUAGAUGUACAACUAGAGUUUAGGUUGCAAGUUACUUUAAAAGGGGUUUUGGGAGGAUGUCUUCGGUCUCUGUAAAUACCCACAUGCUUGUGCAUUGUAAACCAAGUGUGUAUUCCUGUGUAUGAAUUUGUAGAACUGAUUUCUGCUUCAAGAGAAGCCGCACCUUUAACUUUAUAAGGCUCCCUCCACCUGUAACCAUAUAAAUAUUUGUAAAUAGAACACUAAAAUUUGUAGUGAUAGAAUCAAUUUGGGAAUAUCUGCUGAGAGACCAAAAAGUUCAUUUUUUUAAGUACCUUGGCUAAAGAGUAAAGAUUAUUCCUCUUAUUUUUUAAAAGAAGAAUGCACUUUAACAAACACAGCUGCAUGGGCAAUUCACACAAAUCCGUGAAGUGCAGUACCCAUUCAGAAGUCACACUUCCUGGAAACCGUUCAAAAGCAGAGUCUACACGGGCUGUUGAUCUCACUGCCUGGAGGUUGAAGCUCAGAUUCCAGUCAAUUUCAAGACUAGCAGGGCUGCUUCGAAAGAGCAAUGUGAAUACAGCCAGAAGCUUCAGACAGGUCUGUAAAAUGGCAGGUCCCAUAUUUACCACUAACUAGCAAAACUGACAGAAAAACUCAUAGAGAAAAACGUUUAAGAAUCCUUACUGCUGGUGUGUACUCCUUACAAUAGCAGACUUUUGCAAAUGGAGUUUUACAGUCUAUAUUUAAAAAAUUGUAUGUUUGUAACAAAUAAAGUAUGCGGAAAAGUGAA